UCGUCGCGCCCACCCAUUCUCGUGAUCAUAAUCGUCGCCGUUGUGCCGGCGGACAAUCGACGGACGCGGAGGUGUUUCCGUGCGAGACCGACGGCGCAGUGUUACCGUGGCACGGGAUUCGAAGACGGUUCACCGGUUGAGGAAUAUCGUUGACCGCGUCUCGCCGCGAUACCGUGUUCUCGUAAUCAAUAAAACGUGUCCCGGGACAAUGUGAUAACACGCUAUUCGAACACGACUGACUUUCCGUUUUUUAUAACAAUUAUUUUCCUUUUUUCUUUCCCUUUCCCCCUUUAUCGUUAGACACUAGACUCAGAUUUUUUGCGUCGAACGAUCGACAAUUUCCGUUCCCAGUCGUUAUUCGGUUUUACAGUUUUUCCUUUUUCUCUCUCUAGAUUUUCGUAAUCGAAACUGUUCCAAUGCACAUCGACCAACCUCCUAAAAAAAAACACAAUGCUUGUAUGCUGCUGACUACUAUGCGUUCACUCAGAUACAUUCCAGCUGUACGUUUGUUUGGUGCGAUCGUCGCCUUCAACGUUUUGAUAUUAACUGUAAUUGCUGAAAAUGAAAACAUCACUAUAAAUAAAUAUAAAUCAUCAGACUACAAUAAUUCAUCUGCUUUAUUUAUGCACCAAAGUGACAAAAGUACUUCACAAAAAACAUACAACUAUAAACACAGAUGGAAAAAUGUUUUAAAUGAAAUCAAUACAUGUAAUAAAGAUAUAAUUUAUCAUGAAAUACAUUCUAAUGAUGAUACUGAUGAUAGAAUUUUAUCCGAAAUAGAAAAAAAUUUGAAAACUAGUACUUAUAAUUCAAGUUCCCAAUUUGUAACCAAAGAUAGUUUAACUGAAGAUAUUAUUAUUAAAACUAAUAAUAUAGACCAAGGUGAACUUAAAGAAAACCAAACUCAAUCUGUUGAUGUAACCUCAACAGUUCGUAAUGUUACUAUAAAUGAAGAUAUUCCUUCUUUUAGAGAGUGGACUAAAAAACAACUAGAGGAAGCAGAAAAACAACCAGCUACAAAUGAAACCAAAUAUAAGCAUAAUAAAAAAGUAUUAAAAAAAAAUUAUGCAUCACCUGAGUGUGGUGCUAAAGUAGUUUCAACUAAUCCUGAAGCAAAAUAUCCACAAUUAUUGUUAACAAAAUCAACUGAUGAAUAUUUAUUAAAUUUAUGUAAAAGCACUACUUGGUUUGUUGUGGAAUUAUGUGAAGCAAUACAAGUGAAAAAGAUCCAAUUAGCUAAUUUUGAACUGUUUUCAUCGACACCAAAAGAGUUUUCAGUAUAUGUUGCAUCUCGAUUAAAUGCACGAGUGUGGACACCAAUUGCUAAAUUAGUGGCCGAAGAUGUACGAGUAUUACAGGCAUUUAAUUUAAAUACAACAGAUGAUAAUGAAUUUAACAAAUAUAUCAAAGUUGAAAUACAUUCACAUUAUGGGAAAGAACACUAUUGUCCAAUAUCUGUAUUUCAUGCUUAUGGACUAUCAGAAAUUGAGGUGUUGGAAAGAUCUGAUGAAAAUGGGUUGGAAAGUAACACCGCUGAAAAUGAAGAUGCAGAUUAUUAUGAUGUGAUGAAUGAAAAUACUCAAAAUAAUCAAAACAAAACAGCUGAUAAUAAAAAUACACUAUUUGGAAGUGCUCAUGCUGCAGUAAUGACAAUUGUAAAAAUUGCUACUGAUGCAUUAGAUAUAAGACAAAAAGAGACUAAUCAUUUUUCCAAUGAUACAUUGACAAAUACUGUUGAUAAUCAAACAGUACAUGUCGAACAAUCCAAAUGUAUCACUCCAGGGUAUAUUAUGGUCUGCCAUAAUUGUAAUGAUACUUUUUAUAAAAAGAUGUUUGAUACAAUGAGUUGUGAAGCUGAUAUUUUAACCGAAAUGUAUCAAAAUAGGUAUAUUCACGAUACGGUAAUGAAAAGCGAUAUAUGUGUAGAGUAUGGAUUAAAUUUUUUAACAAUUAAAAAUAAAUCUUGUCGGAAGAUCUCAUUAAAUAGUAAUUUAAGGAAAAAAUUUAUCCUAUCAAUAUUUCCUCGUGUAAGAAUGGCAGCUUUAUGUAAUACUUUAGCUAUUGUACACAAAAAAAUUGUAUUAAAUAAAGCAAAACGGGUUUACAUCAGUGAUGAUUUGAUAAUAAAUUUACAAACAGCAAUUCCAGAUGUAAAUGAACAAACUUCUAAUGAUAGUACUACAAAUCUCCAUCAAAGAAAUGAUACGUCUAAUUCUAACACACCCAUUGAUAAUAAAUCGUUGGAUUUGUCUAGUUACAUUGAGCCUCUUAUAUCUCAGAUAUUGCCCACCAAAACUUAUUCUAGUACAGAUGAAGAGACAGAUUCUUCAAAAAAAUAUCUAAUAAAAGAAUCAGCAAUAAUAGAUAAUGAAAAUAUAACACAUACAUCAUAUUUUGAGUCUAAUUCAACAAACCAUGUUCCUUUACAAAGUUCCUCACAAUUUAUUACUAGUACUAUUGAUGAAAAAUCAAUGGAGUCUGAAGUCCAGAAUACUUUGGAAACAAAUUCUACAAAUGAAGGAAAAGUAGUUGAACAUCCAACAGAUACAUUUGAUAGUUUUUUUAAAGAAUUUGAGGUUGAAGAACAAGAGACUAACAAGUGCAAUCCUGCAGCAAUAGAGUCAACUGUACAGCACCCUGUACAACCGUCAGUUCAAUCACAAAAUAAUAAGCAAUCUUUAUUCAUUCGCUUAGCAAACCGUAUUAAAGAUUUAGAACGAAAUAUGUCUCUUAGUGGUGAAUAUUUACAAGAGCUAAGCACUCGUUAUAAAAAACAAGUUGAUGACAUGCAACGUACUAUUUUAGAGUUGGUUGAAGAAAAUAGAUUAAAAAGAGAACGUGAUUUUAAAAUUCUUGACGAGAUGAAAGUUCUUAGUGAUCAGGUGGUUUCUCUUCAAUAUUCACUUCACAAUCUCAAAACUGAGACAGAAAAUUUAAACUUGUUUUCUGUUAUUCUUCCUGAAAGCAAUCCCAUUAAAGUUGGAAUAUUUUGCCUUUUUAUUUUGUUGUAUAUAAUACUUAAAAUGACUGGUAUCAUUGGGAAAAAAAAUCAAGAAUUUGAAUGGAAGAAUUCUAAUACAAGGUCAAGUGUUCGUAGACAGUCAACUAAUGAUAUCUUAUCAAAUAUUAAAGAAAAACAAAGACGUCCCAGCGAAGAAGCGUUAUUUUCAUCAGGUACCACUCAUCAAGAUUUAUUAAUCAGAAAUAAUAAUGGAGAGAGUACAAGAAAUGAAAGGAAACGUAGAAAAAAGCGAAAAGAACUAAUUCUAAAAUCUAAGUCUAAUGCUAUUAAUUUAGAAGCUGGUGGUAAUGAUGGUAAUAUUAGACUAAAAUCUUUAUCAGGUCUUAAUCAAGAAAAUCGAAGAGCCUCCUCAUCUGACCUUACUUCUUGCGGCGGCACAACCCAUGAUUUUAUAAAAACCGCACUAUCAGUUAGAAACCAACGAAUGUCAGGACCAUUACAACACAGUAAGAGUCUCAUUGAAGCAAAUAAAAACAAAAUAGAACCUGAAAACAAGUCAAAAAGUUUAAAGACUUUUUUAAAGAAAAUAUUAAACUAGCCUGUGAAUUAAAUUUUAGAUGAUUUUAAUUGUUAACUAUUUUUAUAUUUGUCCUUUGGUAUUGUGGAACUCAUGUUAACUAUUGAUUAAUAUAUUAUGCCUGUCAAAUUAUUAUUUGUUAGGUGUUGUAAAUAUGAAAUUAUUAUAAGCACAAUGUUAUUUAUUUAUAGAAUCAAUGUACAUUUUUUGAUACCUCAUGACCAUGUGUCAAAUUUUCUAGAAAAUGGACCUAAGAAAUAAUUAUUGUUUUUAAUUAUUAUUUAGAUAUAUACUAUAUAUAUCUUAAAUACUAUAAAGAUCAAAGAUUAAGGUUGGAGAAGUAAAAAAAAAAUGUAUGUCAAACAUAACAAAUUA